AUGUUCAAAGUCCUUCUGGCCAUGCAGGAGCAGGUCGAUGGAGCACGAAGGCUCGUAGAAGGGCGGAGAGAAGCGCUGGAAGCUUGUCACAGACAAAAUGCUAGAAUGGAACAGGCUCUGAGAGCCAGCGAGCGGAUUGAACGAGGUGCCGCGGAGGGGAGGAGGAGGAUGAUUAACGAUAUAGCGGACCGUAUUCACGAAAUCGCUAAGAGCAUCACCAUGGACGACGAGAUACAUUCAGCUGUAAGCAAUAACACAAUGUAG